CUAUAAAAUAGCAACCAAACUGGAAUCGUAUCUGCCGUUGCGGAAUUCGGAGAAAGAAUCGCCGGUUCGUCGCAUCAAUCCGACUGUCAUCGACGAACCAUGCGCAUCCGAUCGCCAAAAAUUCAACCUUUGCCCCUUUUUUUCGAGUAGGAGAGGAGCUUCCCCCACUUGGAUUGGAUCAAUGUAGUUGGGCGGAUGAAUAUCGGGGGAAGUAUCGUUGAUCAUCUGAACCUCAAUCGCCAUUCUUUCUGUUUCAUUUGAUCUCUAUUGUAUCUUUCUAGUUGUUUCCUGAUCGAAUUUCCGUCGGCAAAUGGAUUUGGAAGCAAAUGACUCAUUUUUUCUCUUGAUCUCGCUAUAAAAUAUUAGGGUUUACUAAGAUUUUAGUUCGAUAAGCGUGAAUCUAUUGGGGAUCUUUUAUGCUUUCGUAUGUAGGGUUCUUGAAUGUCGAUUUUUAGGGGUCAAGAUGAAAACUUCAUGUAAUUUAGUUUACUUUUUGGCGAAUCAAGAAAGGGAGAUAUAUCAGCGAUCGUUUGAUGAUGGAAAGCAAUACACAAGUAGGUGAUGACAAGGAUACUGGAUGGUUCGAGGUGAAGAAGAAACAUAGAACUAGCAGAAAGCUUACGAUCCAGAAAGCUACUGGAGGAUCUUUAAACAACACCUUCUCUCCUCACUAUUAUUCAUCCACCGAUGAUGAGACUGGGAACUCUGACAGCAGACUACAAUUCUUACCAUCUAAAUUGGCACUUGAUUGUUCUUUAAAGGUUGUUGCUGCUGUUGACGUUACCCCUUCAUCAAAAACAGACCAUGAUAAGGUCUGCAUUGAUGAACUGGUUGUCCAGGAGAGCGAAAGUCUUGAGGUCAGAGCGACAGAUUUCAAAGUUGGGGUUACAACAGUCGAGAAAGUGUCCACACAUGAAACAUUCAACAAUGUUGCAAAAAUUAAGUGGGGUGAUCUUGAAGAUGUUGCUUUAAAGUUGCAUGACUCUUCUGAAUAUAGAAGUGCUCCUGUGAAGGCUGCAGGUGGUGAUUCUGCCUCUAGUAACUUACAGGAACUUGGAAAUUCUGAAAUGGUCAGCGAAUCAAUAUUACAUCUAUCAACCCACGAUCCUCUUCAAGAGGGAAGGGUUAUGGAGUCCUCUGCACACGUAGAACAACUUCCUGCACAAAUUUUAGCUUCAGAUAUACACAGAGAACCUAUUGAAUUGACUUGGAAAGAGGUCAAAGAGUUUCCUUCUGAAGAGAUAGAGGUGGGGAUCGUCAAUCAGACUGAUGCUAUUCAUAGUUUGAACAUAAACCUUGAUGAUGUUGUCAAACCAACAUGUAAAACUGGAGGUGACUUGGUUUCGAGUGAUAUGAUGAUUGGAAACUCUCCUGCAUCACCUGUUCAAGGAGUUGUCCAAACGACACAUCGGGAACCUCACCUUCAGUCCAAGGAUGGGGUCUUUGACACAUCCAAAUUAUCAGAUACUAACAUCAAUGCAUCCAUGAUACUUGAUCUGGGAAAUGGUGUUACACACCUGAAGAGUGGUCUUGAAGCUUCGGUGCAUGUUCCAACUACAACUGUCAUUGAAAGUCAUAAUGAGCUUAGUGAUGGAUUAACAGUCGGGACGGGUCUUGCUGAUGGUGAACCUGGGGAGAGCAAAGAAAGGUUUAGGCAAAGGCUUUGGUGCUUUCUCUUUGAAAACCUGAAUAGAGCAGUUGAUGAACUUUACCUUCUCUGUGAAUUGGAGUGUGAUAUGGAACAGAUGGAUGAAGCUAUUCUUGUUCUUGAAGAAGCCACAUCUGAUUUUAGAGAACUGAAAUGUAGAGUCGGGCAUUUUGAGAACACUAAAGCCUCCUCACAAUCAUCGAGAGAUGGAAAUCCAAUUAUUGUAAAGGCUGAUCAUCGCCGGCCACAUGCAUUAUCUUGGGAGGUUCGCCGCAUGACAACUUCACCUCACAGGGCAGAGAUAUUAUCUUCUUCACUGGAAGCUUUUAAGAAGAUUCAACUGGAAAGAGCUGCUAAAGAUACAACUAAAGAUGCAAAAAACUUGGGCGCUAUCAGCUCAAGUCAUGAAGUUGCUAGCAGCUUAUCCGGAGUAGAUGAAGUAUCCAAUGCUAGAUAUCUGCAUGUAAAAAAAGAAAAGCAGACCAUCGUCUUAAAUAAUAAUGGGAUGAAUAUGGAUUCAAAUAAGCAGAAUACAGACAUAAAUAGGCCAGGCAAAAGACAUUUUGUACAAAAUGGGCGCUUGUCUCCACAUAGCUUGCCUGCUUCUGCAUCUGGCAAGUGUAAGAGAGAACCUUUGGGACCUGUUACUGAAAUUCAAAAGCAGGCACUUAAGAAGGAUAAAGAACUAGCUGAAAAUAGGAUGGAGAAACAUAUAAAGGCUGUAGAUAUUGUUAAAAAGCAGAGUUCUUAUCUUGACAAAGAGAAAGACAAGCAGAAAUUCAAAACAGCUCAUUGGAAGGUGAUGGAUGCUUGGAAAGAAAAGCGAAACUGGGAGGAUAUUCUCAAAUCUCCAAUUCACAGUUCUUCCAGAGUCUCAUAUUCACCAGGUAUGGGCAGAAAAGUUGUGGAUCGUGCUCGAGUGUUGCAUGAUAAACUAAUGUCUCCCGAUAAAAAGAAAAAGAGUGCCAUGGAUUUAAGAAGAGAAGCAGAAGAAAAGCAUGCAAGAGCAAUGAGGAUUAGGAAUCAACUAGAAAGCGAACGAGUGCAGAAGCUGCAGCGCACUUCAGAGAAGUUAAACCGUGUGAGUGAGUGGCAAGCUGUUCGUAGCUCUAAAAUGAGAGAAGUUAUGUUUGCACGCCAUCAGCGUAGUGAAUAUCUCCAUGAGGCAUACCUGGCUAAGGUUGUAAAGAAAGCUGGUGAUGAAAGCAGCAAGGUUAAUGAGGUUCGCUUUAUUACUUCAUUAAAUGAACAGAAUAAAAAGCUGAUGCUGCACCAGAAGCUUCAUGACUCAGAAAUGAGGAGAGCUGAAAAACUACAGGUAAUCAGAACAAAACAAAAGGAGGACAUAGCGAGAGAAGAAGCUGUGCUGGAACGUCGGAAGCUCCUUGAAGCUGAAAAGUUGCAGCGGCUUGCUGAGACACAGCGGAAGAAGGAAGAAGCUCAAGUUAGAAGAGAAGAGGAACGCAAGGCAUCAAGUGCAGCAAGGGAGGCCAAGGCUGUGGAACAACUUCGGAGAAAGGAAAUCAGAGCGAGAGCUCGACAAGAAGAGGCAGAACUCCUAGCUCAGAAGCUGGCUGAAAGACUCCGUGAAAGUGAACAGCGUCGAAAAUAUUACCUGGAGCAAAUACGAGAGAAAGCUUCAAUGGAUUUUCGGGACCAGUCUUCCCCUCUACAUCGCCGUUUUAACAAAGAAGGUCAAAGUAGAUCACUCGGAACCAGUACUGAAGACAAUCCAGUGUCAGCCAAUUCAGAAUCUGCUGAAAAGUUAGUCAAUGUCACUCACCAGCAUUCUUUGAAACGAAGAAUUAAGAAAGUACGCCAGAGACUUAUGGCGCUUAAGCAUGACUUUGUUGAGCCUCCUGUUGGCAGUGAAAAUGGAGGAAUAGGGAAUAGAGCUUCCUUGGUUGCUGCUAGAGCGAAAAUUGGAAAGUGGGUUCAGGACCUUCAAAAGCUUCGCCAGGCCCGAAAGGAAGGGGCUGCAAGCAUAGGAUUAGUUAUUGUUGACAUGAUAAAGUUUAUUGAGGGAAAGGAUGUGGAGCUACAUGCAUCCCGUCAGUCUGGUUUGCUUGACUUCAUAUCCUCUGCCUUACCGGCUUCCCAUACUUCGAAGCCAGAAGCAUGUCAAGUGACAGUACACCUUUUACGACUACUGCGAGUAUUACUGUCACUUCCAGCAAAUCGGAGUUAUUUUCUUGCACAAAAUCUUUUGCCUCCCAUAAUCCCUAUGCUGUCUGCAUCACUUGAGAAUUAUAUCAAGGCUGCAGCAUCUUCCAGUUCUGGAAGCACAAACCUUUCAUCAAGCAAAACAUCCAAUGAGAAUUUGGAAUCAGUUGCCGAAAUCAUGGAUGGCUUCUUAUGGACUAUAACCAUGAUUGUGGGCCAUAUACAAUCUGAUGAUCGCCAACUCCAUAUGCAGGAUGGUUUGGUGGAGCUGAUAGUAGCUUAUCAAGUUAUUCAUCGUCUUCGUGAUCUGUUUGCCCUCUAUGAUAGGCCGCAGAUAGAAGGAUCUCCAUUUCCAUCAUCAAUUCUCUUAAGUUUGACCCUUUUGUCAGUCAUAACAUCAAGACCUGGUACAUUUUCUGCCAUUGAUUGGGAAUCUUGUGUAUCUAAAGCAUCAGCAAUUUGUGAAGUUCAAAGGUUAAAAGAUUCUGAAAAUGUGGCUACAGGAGAGUCCUCUAGCUCCAUUAAUAAUUCUGGAGAUAGCACAUCACAUCCAACUUCGCACCAGUGUACUGAACCACAUAUGAGCAGAUUUGUUCACUUAUCUGAGGAACAGAAUAUACUUUCAAGCGGAAAAACUCUAGCAGAUGCACCAGAAAUUAUAGAUAUGGAAUCUGGAAGAGAGACCUCUGAUACUUCAUGUCGUCCAGAAAUUGUUCAAUCUGUGUUGCAGAUACAAGAGAAAGCUUCAUCAGGUGAAUCCCAAAACCCUGUAGUAGAAGAGCAUGCAAAAUCAUUGCCAGUGAAGAAGGAUGAAAAGAACUCCGGUUGUUCUGUGGAGAGAAAAGGAGCUGAUGAGCACACCACUCGUAAUAAUUCUGGUAACAGGAAGGCGGUCAGCUUGAAGCAGCCCCUAGCAUUUCUUAUCUCUGCUAUUUCUGAUACUGGCCUUGUUAGUCUUCCAUCACUCUUAACAGCUGUGCUACUUCAGGCGAACAACAAAUUGUCAUCUGAGCAGGGAUCGUAUGUCCUUCCAUCGAAUUUUGAAGAAGUAGCUACUGGUGUCUUGAAAGUUUUGAAUAAUUUGGCAAGCUUGGAUAUUGCUACUCUGCAAAGUAUGCUGGCUAGAUCAGAUCUAAAAGUCGAAUUUUUCCACUUGAUGAGUUUUCUUCUGACCCAUUGCACGAACAAGUGGAAAGCAGCUUAUGAUCAGGUCGGUCUACUUCUCCUGGAGUCGUUGUUGCUUCUUGGUUAUUUUUCUUUAUUUCAUUCUGGGAAUCAAGCAGUUCUCAGAUGGGGAAAGAGUCCAACCAUACUGCAGAAGGUCUGCGAUCUACCCUUCGUUUUCUUCAGUGACGCAGAUUUGACACCUAUUUUGGCCGGCACACUCGUGGCUGGUUGUUAUGGAUGUGAACAGAACAGAGGUAUUGUUCUGCAAGAACUUAGCACCGACAUGUUGCUUUCUUUGCUCAAGUCCUGCAAGCAGGCAUUGCUGUCAGUCCAACCUGAUUCAGUGCAGUCAAAUAUUUCCGUAAGUGAUGCAACUGAUAGUAAUCAGAUGGUUUCAGAUGCUAGAAAGCCCCAGAGUGAGAUUCAUGCAAGAUCCAUCCGUAAAAACACUCGAGCUUCAUUGGGAAAAGGUCUUUCAAGCAGCACCACCAAAAUUAACAAAACAAAAAUCCAAAGGGAUUGUAGAGGAACUAGGACUUUUGAUGAGUGGGUAUUCAAACACAACCUAUCAAGCACAGAAGCUUCUUCAUGUUUCAUGUUGCAUUGGAGAUUUCCAAUCUCUUUCCUGGAUAAAGCCGAAGAAUUCUUUUUAGCCGAGGCCCUAAGCCAGCAGGUGUAGCAUGGCUAGUCAGAGUCAACAUCCCACAACUUUAAAAAAGGCCCUGCCAUAGCAAGUUUGUAAUUGGGAUGCUCCUUUAAGAUUCAAGGAACACUUCUCACUUCAAUUCUCACUUCUGCAACUGCCAGAAGUUCUUGUCAGGACUUCAAGCUGCUGCAUCUGCACAGGAGAGGACACAGCAUCGGCUGCCAAACAAGGUGUAUUGGUACAGAUCUAUGUUUGCCUGAUAGCUCAGUGCUUAUCGCGUCACCAAGGAAUCGAUUUUUUCAAGUCUUUGGAUGAUGGCUACAGCAGGUUAGCAUUAAUGCUCUAGAUGACUCAACAGGAAUCCAGAUAGCAGAUACUGAACCAUUAUCGCUGACUGUUGGAUUUUUAAGAGGUAGCUGAUCGGUUAUGUGGGAAAAGGAAAUAUUUUUUUUUUCUUAGACAUUGACCAAUAGAGGUGCUUUACCAAAGAUGCUCCUAAAGAAUGUCAUGAACCCAAUCAGAUGGGUGUUCAAGAUGACUGUAUAAUAGCCAACCCAGAAUAAGCCUACUUUUGAUGUAUGAAUUGAUACAUCAUGUUUAUAACUAUAGCUCAUGUUUCUUUCAGAA